AUGGUAGGUCCAUUUUACUACUCAAACCCUAAAUUUAUCACCUAUAUAUAUACAAAUCUUCUCCAAAACCCUAGCCACCACCAACACCAUCCUCCAACACUAUCAAAAAAUCCGGCCGGCCACUUCCCGGCGAGACCUCCUCACCGGCGACCAUUUUACGGCGAGCCCUUCCCUCCGGCGACCCGUUUUUCCGCCAGCAAGAGCUUCUUCACGCCACCGCAGCUCGCCCUUCACGUCACUCCGCCACCAAGCUCUCCGUCCCGCCACCAAGCUCGCCGUCGAGCCCUUCCCGCCGGUUACUCUCUUCCACGCCGGCAGCCACGUUCAAGCCGCGGUUCCCGCCCAACCGAUCUCACCUCGCGCUGCCAAGCUCAGCACCGGCGAGCCGCCGCCGUUCACAGCUCUGGCGACCCCAAACCUGCCGCCGUCCAGCCUUUCUUCACGGCGGUUAGCUCGUUCUUGAGCAGUCCAACUCAAGCCACCCUUCACCAUUUCCGGCGAGACCUUGCAGCAGCUCCGUUUUUCCGGCGAGGACCGUGCAGCCAGCUCCUUCCCGUCGACCCACUUCUCGACGGCGAUCUCGCAGCUCAGCUCCGUCGCCGUUCAGCCGCCAUCCCGUCGCCGUUCAGCCGCCAUCCCGUCGCCGAGCUGUGUUCACGCCAGCAGCACGUCCGCACACCGGUUCUAGCUCGUGCCUUCACACACGGAGCCUCGAUCUGUGCGAACCGGAACAGCCCGACUUUAGACCCGAGCCCAACAGACCAGACCUAUGCGGUUCAGCUCAGAUCUGAGCCGGAUCCGAUUCUGAGCACAACCAAGUGUUCACUAGCCCUGGCUAUCUUUCGAUUUUUGAUUCGAACCCCUCGGGAGGUGAUCGACCGACCAUUAGUCGCCGACGGGACCAUAACCGAGCCUAAGAAGGCUAUCAAGGCAGAUUGCCUUGAAGCAAGUGUAAUUAUCCAACCGAAGUGCAUUGGCACGUACCCUCAAUGCGAUUCGACAUCCCGCACACGUAUUCGACCCUCGGCCAAACCACCGAGUGCUUGGCCGUGCACCGAACACUAUACCCGACACGGACUCACUCUGCUGCUAUUUGUGACGGACUGUCACGAUUACGCGCGCGAUACACUAUACCCGACAUGGACUCACUCUGCUGCUAUUUGUGACGGACUGUCACGAUUACGCGUACUGCUUAUAUCGGAGAUAUACGAACAAUACAGGACAUCUUCAAAGGGCAAGAGUGAUAUUCACACCAAACUCAUGAAGAAGUACAAAGAUAUACCUUCAUGGUGGUUUUACAUUCUUCUUGCUUUGACAGUUGUGAUCUCGCUUGCCCUCUGCCUUUUUCUUGAAAAAGGAAAUUCAGAUGCCGAUUUGGGCCCUUUUGCUUGCAGCUUUGUUUGCGUUCUCAUUCACUCUUCCUGUCAGCAUUAUUACCGCAACUACGAACCAAACCCCGGGCCUGAAUGUAUCACAAUGUACCUUAUGGGGAUGAUAUAUCCCGGGAGGCCGUACAGGUACAUGAGCAUGUCUCAAGCAGUUGCUUUUCUUAGUGAUUUCAAGCUUUUGAAGAUUCCUCCUAGAUCAAUAUUCCUUGUUCAGUUUGUAGGUACGAUUGUGAUGGGCACGGUGAACGUGGGCGUAGCCUGGUGGCUGUUGCACUUGAUCGACGGCAUUUGCCAUGUGCCCCCCGGCCAAGGGUGUCAUUGUGGAUAA